UGUUUAUGUUUGUGUCUACCUACUGAGUCUGUAGAAUAAACAAUUUCCUUUAGGAAACAUAAAAAUAGGUUUUUUAUUCUUAUUUUUUAAUCAUGCAUUUUUAUUUCCUUUUAAUCUCUUUGUCUUCUAUUAAUCUCUAUCUGUACAGCUUUGUCACCAUUUUUUUUUUUAUUUUCUCACUUGAAGUAGUUCCAGAAAAAAACACAAAACCUCAAAACUGUUAACUUGACCUUAUAAUUUCCUUCCUUCCUUCCUUCCUUUUUUUUCUUCCUUCCUUUUCUUUCUUUCUUUCUUUCUUUCUUUCUUUCUUUCUUUCUUUCUUUCCUUUCUUUCUUUCUUUCCUUUCUUUCUUUCACACAGGUAACACCUAUAACAAAUUGACAAUUGCAACCAAGUUAAAUCGAACCUGGAAGGGAGGUAGCUGAAAUGUGUCUCAAAGAUUUAUUUUCAACAAAUAGCAUUUAAGCAUUGGCCAAGGUGGGAAUAAGACCAAGAGAACCGUCUAGGCAGUGACUCAAUGUGUUGAAGCCAGGAGUGGCAGCUGAUACCCUAACAUUUUCAAAGCCCUACCAUCUAUGACCAUUAAUCUUUCCCUUCCUUGACACCCCAAUUCACCAUUGAAACUGAUUUCCCAAAGACUGUAUUUCCUUAAAAGGUUAUUGGCACAGAAUCUGGGGGGGCAAUGCAAAUCCUUUGGGUAGGUAGUUAACAUUGUGACUUGGAAAAGGUUCCCUAAAUAGGGCUUAGAGAACUGUCCACCUCAUCUUUUCUUUUUUGCUGCUAACAAUCUAAUACUUCAAAUGCAGAACCUUCAGUGUUUUAGGGCCUUUGAGCUGCUGAUACACAAUAGUGCAUCAGAGCUGCCUCUCAGUGCUCCGGUCACCUAAACAGAAGAUGACUGAAGGAAUGAAAUGAUGAGUUAAUUCCCAGGAGGAAAAUGAAACUGGGAAUAAAUACAUUGCUCAAAUUGAGCUGACACUCCUCCACUAAGGUUUGAAAAGACCCUAUUAAUGAUACCUUCCACGUGGGCAUGAGGUUGGCCACCAAUCAAGUAGCCUCUUUUGCCUAAUAUCCUUGGCAAAUACAUGUUUGUUAGCAACAGGUCUGAAUGAAAGAGACUGAGUGGGUCUUAAUUCAGAAGAGCUGAAUUCACUCUGUGAGUCUGAAGACACAAGUCAGCCUCCAGGAAUCUUUGCUUAGCUGGAUAGUGUGGGGAUAGAUGAUGAUGGGAGUGAAGAUAGAAAGAGGAUAAGGACUGAUUUGAGGGAAGCUGGUAAGGUUCUUUUGUGGCUCCUGAAAUCACAUCAUUAGUAAUGUCAUCUUUGGGUCUUCAAAGUUUUUUAUAUUACCUAUGGGUAUAAUUAAGCAACUGGGAGGGUUGAUACUGUUACCUUUCUUAGCUUGUAUCUUCUAAGUUAACAUCACACAGGCUGAUAACUCAGCUAGGACAAGAGAGAGGCCUGGAGAGUUGGCAAGAGUGCGAAGAUACUGGAGAGGGGUUCAGAAUAGGAUUGAUUCUUCUAAUAUUAUUAUUUCUUGCUAAUAAUUGGUCCUUAUAAUUACAGUGAAGUAAUGGUCUGGAUAUAAAUGAGAUAUGGUUUUGUGAGGAAGAAGCAUAGAGGAUUAUUCUUAACAACUGUGGCAGUCUUGCCAAUAUGGAACCCAAUUUCAGAGUUUGUGAAAUGGUAUAAGUCUCAUAAACUAUCUCAGCACUGCAUCCAUAUUUGUGGGCACCUGUGCCAAAAGCACCUCGAUAUGUUUCUUAAUGUAAUUGGCCAGAGAUGGCCAAUAGAUGUCUUCUCAAGUGUUUCUGAUCACCAGUUAAGUGCUACUGGGAGUGAUAUAAUAUGGUGGUUCCUAAAGUUAUUUUUGGUCCCAUUUUUUUUCUUGAAAAAAGACUAUGAUAGAUUAACAACACCUACCUUGGAUGCAGGAGUUAGGUGAGGCUGCACAUGUGCAUGAUA